UGCACCAUGAAUGAACCAGCUUCUAGCGGGACUGGGCAAGAUUUUGAUGUAUUUAGUGUAAUGGACUGGAAGGAUGGAAUUGGUACCUUGCCUGGAAGUGAUCUAAAGUUUCGAGUGAAUGAAUUUGGAGCACUGGAAGUGAUCACAGAUGAAAUGGAGAUGGAAAGUGUUAAGAAGGCCACAGCUACUACAACAUGGAUGGUGCCAACUGCUCAAGAAGUCUUUUUAGAAAAGACAGAAAUAGCACUCAAACUGAAAGAAACUACUAAAGUGGAUGGGAAUAGUGUCUGUGAAAAUUGUUCUCUUUCUGGUUCCAUGGAAGAGUAUGUAGCUGGAGAGAUUUGCAGCCAAAAAUGUUGCCAUCCGAUUAAAAACAGAGAACAAAAAGAAGACAAAGAAGUAUCAGAAUUCAACGGUGACGAAUAUUCUAAGGGCACUCAAAAAAGAAAAGACAAAUCACCCCCAAAGGGAGAAUGUGUGCAAGACAGAGAAGAGAAGGAAAAAAAUGAAAUAGAUGAAGGGAGGAUACUAAGAGCUUCUCAGAGAGCUACAAGGAAAAGGAAAAGAGAGAUGGCGAUUUUAAAACAAACUUUAAUGUCAAAGGAAAAGAAAGCAUGGAGUUGGUCAUCAUACUUGGAAGAAGAAAAGGCUAUAGCUGCACCUCCUAAGAUUUUUAAAGAGUACCAGUCCUUCCCAUACAACAAAAAUUCAUUUAAAGUUGGAAUGAAACUAGAAGGAGUGGAUCCUGAACACCAGUCAAUGUACUGCGUCGUUACAGUGGCUGAGGUUUGUGGCUAUAGAAUCAGACUUCACUUUGAUGAAUACCCGGAUUGUUAUGAUUUUUGGGUGAAUGCUGAUUCUUCUGACAUUCACCCAGUUGGUUGGUGUGAGAAAACAGGACACAAGCUUCAUCCACCAAAAGGAUAUAAAGAAGAUGAAUUUAAUUGGCACUCAUAUCUGAAGAAAUGUAAGGCUCAAGCUGCCCCUAAAACCUUGUUUGAAAACCAAAAUACAACGGUAAUUCCAUCAGGAUUUCGAGUGGGGAUGAAGCUUGAAGCUGUAGACAAAAAGAACCCUACAUUUGUAUGUGUUGCUACAGUAAAAGACAUGGUGGAAAAUCGUUUCCUGGUUCAUUUUGACAACUGGGAUAAGAGCUAUGAUUAUUGGUGUGAAGCAGCUAGUCCGCAUAUUCAUCCUGUUGGAUGGUGUAAAGAACACAGAAGGACUCUUAUUACACCUCCAGACUAUCCACAUGCAAAACAGUUUUCUUGGGAGAAAUAUUUGGAGGAAACCAGUUCCUUACCUGCACCUGCCAGAGCUUUUAAAGUGAAACCUACUCAUGGAUUUCAGAAGAAUAUGAGACUUGAAGUAGUUGAUAAGAGGAACCCUGCACUUAUCAGGGUAACCACAGUUGUAGAUACUGAUGACCACAGAAUUAAAAUCCACUUUGAUGGCUGGGAGAGUAUUUAUGAUUAUUGGAUUGAUGCAGAUAACCCCGACAUACAUCCUGCAGGCUGGUGUGGGAAAACUGGACACCCUCUUCAGCCUCCUCUUAGUCUGUUGGAGUUAGUUGAAGCUUUAGAACAAGGAGGGUGUCCUACCUCAGGAUGCAAAGGAGUUGGACAUACAAAAAGAGCCAAGCACAUGGGCCACCACAGUGCUGUCAGCUGCCCAUACUCCGAGUUGAACCUGAACAAAGAACAUAUCCUUCCAGAUCGUUUGAGUGGUGAGAUGCCUCUAAAUAAUCCACCAGGGCAUUGGAACAGAAAGACAGAAGUAACUGAAAGAUCAACCUCUCCUGUAUAUGAGGAAUGCCAUACAGCUAAGGAAUUUGUUAAGAAGACUGAGUGUGAAGGAAGGAAGAUGGAAAGCACAGAGUCCUGUCUAAAUGAAACCAAAGACAAUAAGGAACCCAGUAAUCAGAGGUUCCAUCCUCAGCCAGUCAUUUUGUCUUCCAAAUUGUCAAUCCCAGGCUUGCCAUUAUGGUGGGAACAACAGAGUAAGCUCCUUCCUAGCGUCGCUGGAAUCCCUGCCAGUAAAGUUUCCAAGUGGAGCACAGAUGAGGUCUCAGAGUUCAUACGAAGUUUACCAGGGUGCGAGGAACAUGGCAAGGUGUUCAAAGAUGAACAAAUUGAUGGAGAAGCUUUUCUGCUAAUGACUCAAGCAGACAUAGUCAAAAUAAUGACCAUUAAACUGGGACCGGCUCUAAAAAUCUUCAACUCAAUCCUGAUGUUCAAAGCUGCCGAGAAGAACUCUCACCAUGAGCUCUGA